UGGAGGGAAACCCAAACAUUCAAACCCAGAUUUAACUCAUUUCCUUUACAAUCUCCUACCUAAAUUCAACUAUAAUUCCUAGAAAACAACUGUUUCAAGAUUCCAUUAAUUGCAUUUAAUUAUCCUUGCAUCGUUUUCUCCGACCUCAUAAAUCCUUAGCUCUACUCAAGUUCCCAAAAUUCAAUUUUUCAAAAUUAGGGUUGUUUUCUAGAUGUCGCAAAGCAGCGAAGACAGCAGCCGGGUAGGCUCAGAAUUCGACUUACCGUACGAGAUACUAUCGGUGAUACCCGAGGAUCCAUAUGACCAGUUGGAUCUGGCUCGUAAGAUCACGUCCAUGGCAAUCGCGUCGCGCGUGACGAUGUUAGAGUCUGAGACCGGAAGGCUCCGGCAGCAACUCCAUGAAAAGGACCGGGUUAUUGUGGAGCUCCAGGACAAGGUAUCCCAGGUCGAACAAGCGUACGAGGAAGCUGAACUACGGUUGAAAAGCACACGUGAAGAUAAUAUGAAGCUAUUAAAGGAGAGAGAUUCCUUGGCUUUGACCACGAAGAAACUGAGUCGUGAUUUGGCUAAGCUGGAGACAUUCAAAAGGCAACUGAUGCAAUCGUUGAAUGAUGAGAACUCACCUCAAGCAGAAACUGUAGAUAUUGGUACUUAUGACCAUACUGUCUCCAAGGCCUACACCAAAAAUGAUGAAGAUACGAAUGGCUAUGCGAGAUGUCAUUCUUAUAGUGGUUCUACUGACACUGCAAGCAUAGCUGAUAAUGCCUCUAAGCAAGCUGGGCGAAUAUGUUCUAUAACGCCAUAUAUAACAUCAGGACUGACUCCAAUUGGAACUCCUAAAGUAAUUUCAAACAGUGCAUCCCCAGGAAGGUACUCAGCUGCUGGAUCUCCAAAGAAAACUUCGGGAACCACCUCUCCUAGGAUUCAAUAUGGACGUGGUUCUCUCUCUUCAUGGUACCCAUCAAGUCAGCAGUCAUCAGCAACGAACUCUCCUCCUCGUGGACUCCCAGUGCCAGCUCGUCCUCCUCGAAUUGAUGGAAAGGAGUUCUUCCGUCAAGCCAGGAGUCGUCUGUCAUUAGAGCAGUUCAGUGCAUUUCUUGCUAACAUAAAGGAAUUAAAUGCACAAAAAAAAUCUCGUGAGGAAACUUUAAGAAAAGCAGAAGAGAUUUUUGGGAUGGAAAAUAAAGAUCUUUAUUUAUCAUUUCAAGGGCUGCUUAACCGCAAUAAACACUAGCUGAACUGCUGAGCAACUUGCAAAGUUUGGUGCCUCUCCGGUUUUCUCUUUUCAGCUUUUAGAAUUUUCUGGGAGAUAUUUGAACUUAAGCAGCGCCACUACCAGUAGUGCAGGCUCAAACGAAUACCUGGUCGCUUCAACUGGUAACUGCUAGUAGAUUUUCUCAUGGUAGAAAACUUGUCGAAAUGAACUUGAACAAGAUCUUGAAAUGAUAUAAUCAUAUUAUUAGAACACAAGUGUUCCUUCCUAUGACUUCUAAGAAGGUUGCGGUGAAGAUAAUGGCUUUUAUAAUAUAGCUGUCUGUGUGCUACAAUUGCUAAUGGCAUUUGUCAAUUGGCUUGCAGACUAAUUUUACAUGAUCAGUCCUGUUAAAUGGUACCAAUAUACCACCACUCCUCGGACCCCUUUUCUGCUUGGGUUCUUCCAACCAUAUGUUUAUCUGCUGUCUUAAAAUUUAUGAACCAUUUUCAACCAUGGGAUCUUUAUGCAAUGAGUUAUGUACUUGGUCUUCAUUUAUGUUCUAAUUACUGGGUAAGCAAAUGCAGUCAGUGGCAAUGGUGGAUUGAUUAAAAUUGUGCUCAAAAUCAAGUAGAUUUCAUUCUUCAACAUGCCCUUAUGUUGUAGAAAAUGUCUGCUGAUUUAAGAAGAUAUGAGAACAUGUACUUAUUUGAACCUUGUGAACCAAUUACCUUAAUAGUACAAGUUGAUGUGCCAAUAA